UGAUUCAGUAGAAAAAAAAAAAAGCCCGAGAGCGGAGUUUGACGCUCGCAGUUCCCGGACUGUGAGUGGCGAAGAGAUCCUCCUCAUUUUAUGUGGUGAAACAAAAUGGCCCAGUGCCAUGAACAUUUUGCCAGAAGGAAGUUCGUGUGAAGGGCAGUUUGAGAGGUACAGCGGGGCAAAAUAUCGAACGCCGGGGUAUUUAACAGCGGACUUGUGAGCUUGUCCUGGGCGCAAGCAGAACUCUCCGUCCGGAACCAGGACCGCCAUCGGUCAGUAAAACUGGAUUAUUUUCAACUCUAGGAGCUGUGAUGUCUUGAAGCGGCGUCCAGAGGCGCAGAAGCGUGUGCACCGAGUGCUGAUGGGAACCGUGGUUCCAAUAUGAGUGUGCAUGAUGUUGGAGGGAGACGACGCUUUGAGGAGUCCGAGUUCACCCUGCGCAUCUACCCCGGGGUCAUCGCCGAGGGCACCAUCUACUGCCCGGUCGCCGCCCGCAAGAACACGACGGCUGCCGAGGCCAUCGAGCAGGUGAUUGAGCGUCUGCAUCUGGACCGGACCAAAUGCUACGUGCUGGCGGAGGUGAAGGAGUUCGGCGGAGAGGAGUGGAUUCUCAACCCCACCGACUGCCCUGCCCAGCGCAUGAUGCUGUGGCCGCGCGUGGCCCUGGAGAACCGCUUGGGCGGUGAGGACUAUCGCUUCCUGCUGCGCGAGAAGAACGUGGACGGCUCCAUCCACUAUGGCAACCUACAGCGCUGGCUGCGCGUGACCGAGGAGCGGCGGAGGCUGGUGGAGCGGGGCCUUCUCCCUCAGCCACCGCCCAAGGACCACGAUGACCUGUGCGGCCUGCCCGACCUCAACGAGAAGACGCUGCUGGACAACCUGCGCGGGCGCUUCAAGCAGGAGAAGAUCUACACGUACGUGGGCAGCAUCCUCAUCGUCAUCAACCCCUUCAAGUUCCUGCCCAUCUACAACCCCAAGUAUGUGAAGAUGUACGACAACCACCAGCUGGGCAAGCUGGAGCCGCACAUCUAUGCCGUGGCCGACGUGGCCUACCAUGCCAUGCUGCAGCGUCGCCAGAACCAGUGCAUCGUCAUCUCCGGCGAGAGCGGCUCAGGAAAGACGCAGAGCACCAACUUCCUCAUUCACCACCUGACGGCGCUCAGCCAGAAGGGCUUCGCCAGCGGUGUGGAGCAAAUCAUUCUCGGAGCCGGACCCGUGUUGGAGGCCUUUGGCAACGCGAAGACGGCCCACAACAACAACUCGAGCCGCUUCGGCAAGUUCAUCCAGGUCAACUACCAGGAGAGCGGCACCGUCCGAGGCGCGUACGUGGAGAAGUACCUGCUGGAGAAGUCCCGACUCGUCUAUCAGGAGCACAACGAAAGGAACUAUCACGUCUUCUACUACCUGCUGGCAGGCGCGAGUGAAGAGGAGAAGGUGGCUUUCCAUCUCCUUAAGCCAGAAGAGUACCAUUACCUCAGUCAGAUGACAAAGAAACCUCAGAGACUUCACUGGGAAAAUUACUAUGAGAGUGAUCCGCAGGAUGGCUUCACAGUGGAGGGGGAGGAUCUGAAGCACGACUUUGAACGGCUGCAGCUGGCCAUGGAGAUGGUGGGGUUCCUGCCUGCCACGCGCAAACAGAUCUUUUCUCUGUUGUCAGCCAUCCUUCAUCUAGGGAACAUCCGUUAUAAGAAGAAGACGUACCGCGAUGAUUCCAUCGACAUCUGCAAUCCUGAUGUCCUGCCCGUCGUUUCCGAGCUGCUGGAGGUAAAGGAGGAGACGCUGUUCGAAGCCCUGACCACGCGGAAGACGGUGACCGUCGGGGAGAGGCUCAUCGUGCCCUACAAGCUGGCUGAGGCUGGGACAGUGCGUGACUCUAUGGCCAAGUCCCUCUACAGUGCCCUCUUUGACUGGAUCGUGUUCCGAAUCAAUCACGCCCUGCUCAACACCCGAGACCUGGAGGAGUCGGUCAAGAUCUUGUCCAUUGGGGUCCUGGACAUCUUUGGCUUUGAAGACUACGAGAACAACAGCUUCGAGCAGUUCUGCAUAAACUUUGCCAACGAGAGGCUUCAGCACUACUUUAACCAGCACAUCUUUAAACUGGAACAGGAAGAGUACAGGGCAGAGGGCAUCACCUGGCAUAACAUCGACUACAUCGACAACACGGGCUGCAUCAACCUCAUCAGCAAGAAACCAACGGCGCUCUUCCACCUACUGGACGAAGAAUGCAACUUCCCUCAGGCCACCAACCAGACGCUGCUGGACAAGUUCAAGCGGCAGCAUGAGGGAAACAGCUACAUCGAGUUCCCCGCCGUGAUGGAGCCGGCCUUCAUCAUCAGGCACUACGCCGGGAAGGUCAAGUACGGCGUGAAGGAUUUCCGGGAGAAGAACACGGACCACAUGCGGCCGGACAUCGUGGCCCUUCUGAAGAGCAGCCGGAACGCUUUCAUCGGUGGCCUGAUUGGCAUUGACCCUGUGGCCACGUUCCGCUGGGCUGUGCUGCGUGCCUACUUCCGAGCCGUUGUGGCCUUCCGAGAGGCGGGGAGGAGACGUGUUGAGAAGAGGAGUGGGCACGGUGAUGCGGCUCCGUGUGCGGCCUUGAAAAGCGUGGAUAGUUUUAGCUUUCUGCAUCACCCUGUGCACCAGCGAAGCUUAGAGAUCCUGCAGAGAUGCAAAGAGGAGAGAAACAGUAUGAGUAGAAGAAUUCCUCGCACACCACUCUCAGACCUGCAGGGUAGCAACAACGAGUGCACCCCUCGCAGGGAGGGCCGGAACUUGCGUGGUGUGAGACUGAGCCGGCUGUCCACCUCCGACGAGGAUGGCAUCUUCAUCAACUCCACCAGCAGCAGGCUUCUGGAACGCGCCCAUGGCAUCCUCAUGAGGAACAGAAACUACAAGAUGAGGCCCAGUCUCCCAAAGCACUUGUUGGACGUGAAGUCCCUGAAGUACUUGAGCAAGCUGACCCUACAGGAUCGCAUCACCAAAUCACUGCUGCAUCUGCACAAGAAGAAGAAACCCCCGAGUAUUAGCGCCCAGUUCCAGGCUUCCCUUAAUAAGCUGAUGGAGACCCUCGGCCAGUCGGAGCCCUUCUUUGUGAAGUGUAUCCGGUCCAACGCGGAGAAGCUGCCCUUGCGGUUUAAUGACCCCCUGGUGCUGAGGCAGCUUCGCUACACAGGUAUGCUGGAGACCGUGCGCAUUCGACAGUCAGGCUACAGCAUCAAGUAUACCUUUCAGGAGUUUGUCCGUCACUUUCAUGUGAUGCUACCGGAGGACCUGAAACCCACCCAGGACGGCAUGCGUUGCUACCUGCGCCAGGCGGACCUGUCUCCCGAUGGUUUCCAAGUGGGCCGCACUAUGGUGUUCCUGCGUGAGGUGGAACGUCAGCAGCUGCAAGACCUCCUCCACCAGGAGGUGUUGCGAAGGAUCGUCUGUUUCCAGCACCGUUUCCGAGCCCUGCUGGAAAGGAAGAACUUCCUGAGGAUGAGACGGGCUGCCUGCCUCAUACAGGACUGGUGGCGCCGCUGUCGGACUAGACAGGGGGAGGAGCAGCUGGGGUGUGAUCCCGGCGUCCAGCAGGAGGCAGCGGUGUGCAUCCAGUCAGCCUGGCGAGGGUUUCGAGAGGGGCGGCAGUUCCUGCUGUGGAGAGCAGCAGCAGUGGUCAUCCAGAGGAACUGGAGGCUGUGUUUCUACCGGCGGGCACGGGCUGCUUCAGUCAUCCAGGCUGCCUGGAGGGGCCACAGGGCCCGGGAACGCUACCUCCAGCAACGGCACACGGUCAUCCUACUCCAAGCGGCGUGCCGAAGUUAUUUGUCAAAGCAGAGGUUAAGAGAACUAAGACAGCAGAAGUUAAAAGCCUCCCAGUUGCUGAAUGGCCAGGCAGGCCCAUCCCUGCAGGAGCAGAAACAAAGGAUCAUGGGCUUGGAUCUGGGCACAGGGGAAGAGCCCCAAAGAAAGGAACAGGAGAGACACCAAGAGCACAGGGAGGUUUGGGAGGAGGCACAGGAGGAGACGCAGCACGGUGACAAGGAGGCAAGAGGGGAACAGACGACCGAGCCGGUGCUCAGGGAGAGGACGCGGACGUUGGAGGAGCCUAGCCUGAAGAACCGAGCCAAGAGAGAAAGCCGCAGGAUGCGGGAGCUGGAGCAGGCCAAGUUCAGCCUGGAGCUGCUGAAGGUGCGUUCCACGGGCACGGUGUCCCCGUCCGAAGAGAGGCGCUGGUCCUUGGAGCUGUCCUGCGAGGGCGUCCACUCUCCUCAGGGCACACCGGACAGCCAGAGCUCCAAAGGCAGUUUCGAGCUACUUAGCAUGGAUGAGUAUCCGAAAGACAGGGCGCCAUACGCCGAGCCCGAGGACUUGGGCUCGCCGACCUCCGCAUCAGACCAACUCGAAGACUUCUGCAGUAAAUCAUCCCUUCCUCCCAACAUUCCUGUACCCGACGUCCUCUCUAGCAGCCCGAAAGCAGGUGCAGCUGCCCAGCCCACCCUGCCAAGGCUGGAGAACACACUCCCGACAUUCUACAUCCCUCCGGCAGACGGCAGCCCCUCAGUCACCAGGCCCAGCGUGGAUGUCUCCGCUGUGCUGCCCGGGAGUCCCGCAAAGCCUACCUGGGACACGAGGGAGUCCUCCCGCCGGCCUGCGGCAGUGGCGAUCCGCAUGCAGAAGGAGACGUCCCGGGGUAAAGGGGACGCCAGUUCCCCGGAAGCCCGAGAGUCCCCGAGCCCGGUCCAGGCCACGCUGGAGAGGCUGGAGAGGAUGAACGAGGAGCAGCGCGAGCGCCAGCGGCAACAGCAGCAGCAGAACGAGCGGGUGAUGAUGGAACAGAUCCGCCAGCAGAAGGACAUCCUGGAGAAGCAGCGGAAGUCCUUCGCCCAGUACGAGAAGGCGAUGUUGGAGAAGCAGAGGGAUGAGGCCCUGCAGAGGAUUGAGCGGAGGAGGCAGGGAAGCCCCAGGGGCACGCUGGACGGAGCCAGCUUGGACACGGGGCUCGCCCCGAUAGCCCAACCGGAGCCCGACCUCUGCUCUCCGCCCACCCAGAGCCUGACCUCUGCUCUCCGGGUUCCAGACGUUCGUGGCCCUCCCUCCACCAUCAGGGACAGGCCGAAAGACAGACGCAACUUGCCCGACGGAUGGGCACCGAAGCUCACCCUGGAGUCUCGACUAGUUGGAGUAAGGGGGCUCCCACAUAAGAAGCCCCCUGCUAAGAGUGUUAACAUCCACGUGACUGAGAAGCCUGGAAAUAUAUUCUUCUCGUCUAAAGACAAGGGUUACCACUCAGAAUUUAAGAAGGAAUUCACCAGCCCAGGGAAGUCAGCGGGAGUUCAGAAGGAGGCCACCCCUUCAGAUUUCACAUCCUUAAAAGCACUGAAAGGUCGUGAGGUUGCCAGACCAGGCCAUAAAAAAGCCCGCAUGGCUCGGACUCGCUCAGACUUCCUGACCCGUGGUUCAAAUCCCCCGGGGGAGGGGGAGUCAGAGGAGGAAGAGUAUGAUGAGAGCCCUCUGGCUUCUGGCCCACCCGUCCCCAAGCAGGACUUGGAGGGGGUGUCACUAGAGGCUUGUCACAGUGACUCAGAAAUGCCGUGCACGUCCACUCAAGAGCAGAAGCUGAAGCACAAGACCAUGUCGUCUGGGGACCUCGGAAAGAGCGAAACUCUCCGAACGUUUGCACUGGCAGAUGGAAGGGUUCGGGCUAAGAUACGUUUCUGGUCAAAGGCGAGGCAGGGAGAAAAGAAGCCGUCGAGGGAGGGGCUGGCGUGUGCCGCCGACGCCCCGGACGGGGACUACUCUGACACCGCCCUCCUCAUGGCCGAGGGUGAGUGGCUGUCGCCCCCCCGGAGCCCAGACUUCAGCGCCCAACGGGAGUUCAAGGAGAACAAGGAACCCUCACCCAAAGUCAAGCGCCGCCGCAGCGUGAAGAUCAGCAGUGUGGCUCUAGAGCCCGCCCAGUGGCAGAAUGACGAACUGCAGAUCCUCACCUGCGCCAGCGACUACAGGAGCAUGAACGAGUUCCUGAUGAGGAAGAUCACCGAUCUGGACACGGAGAACAGUAAGAAGGAUACGAUGGUGGACGUUGUCUUUAAAAAGGCACUCAAAGAGUUCCGCGUCAACAUUUUCAACUCCUAUUCCACAGCCUUGGCCAUGGACGAUGGCAAGAGCAUCCGCUACAAGGACCUCCACGCGCUCUUCGAGCAGAUCCUGGAGAAGACCAUGCGCCAGGAGCAGAGGGACUGGAGUGAGUCGCCUGUCAGGGUGUGGGUGAACACCUUCAAGGUGUUCCUGGACGAGUUCAUGACCGAGCACAAGCCGCAGGACGGCGGCGUGAGCAAGGCUCCCAAACCGGAUCGCAAAAAGAGGAGAAAAAAGGAUUCAGACAUUGUGGAGGAGCACAAUGGCCACAUCUUCAAGUCCACGCAGUACAGCAUUCCUACGUACUGCGAGCACUGCUCGUCCCUCAUCUGGAUGAUGGACAGGGCGUGCGUCUGCAAGCUGUGCCGCUACGCCUGCCACAAGAAAUGCUGUCUGAAGACACUCACCAAAUGCAGCAAGAAGUACGAUCCUGAGCUGUCCCCGAGGCAGUUUGGCGUGGAGGUGUCUCGUCUGAUCACCGAUGAGCGCUCCGUCCCCCUGGUGGUGGAGAAGCUCAUUAACUACAUCGAGAUGCAUGGCCUCUACACGGAGGGCAUCUACAGGAAGUCAGGCUCCACCAAUAAGAUUAAGGAGCUGAAGCAGGGCCUGGACACAGACGUGAGCAGUAUGAAUCUGGAUGAGUACAGCAUCCACGUCAUCGCCAGCGUUUUCAAGCAGUGGUUGCGUGAUUUGCCCAAUCCCCUUAUGACCUUUGAACUCUAUGAGGAGUUCCUGAGAGCUAUGGGCCUCCAGGAGAAGAAGGAGGUGUUGAGAGGGGUCUACUCUGUGAUCGACCAGCUCAGCAGAACCCACCUGAACACGCUGGAGAGACUCGUGUUCCACCUGGUCAGGAUUGCCCUGCAAGAGGAGACCAACCGCAUGUCCGCCAACGCCCUGGCCAUCGUCUUUGCACCCUGUAUCUUGCGUUGCCCCGAUAGCACUGACCCACUACAGAGCGUGCAGGACAUCAGCAAAACCACAGCAUGUGUGGAGCUGAUCAUUUGUGAGCAGAUGAACAAGUACAAAGCUCGGCUGAAGGACAUCAACAGCCUGGAGUUUGCCGAGAACAAAGCCAAGAGCCGUCUCACGUUCAUUCGCCGCUCCAUGGGCAAGGGGCAGGUGCACAAGGCGAGGUACCACACGCCGUCCCCUCCGGUGAGCCCUCAUUCGCCCACUGCGCCCGAGGCCAUGGAGGAGAGUGGCGAGGAAGAUGCAGGGCGCGAGCCCCGCGUCACAGAGCAGCAGCAGGCCAUGCAGCAGGAGGCGCGCGAGCUGACUGAACAGAUCGAGAGCCUGCAGAAAGAGAAGGAGGAGCUGACGUUUGAAAUGCUGUCCCUGGAACCGCGGGCGUCCGACGACGAGACCCUCGAGUCCGAGGCGUCCAUCGGGACGGCGGACAGCUCCGAGAACCUAAACGUGGAUUCCGAAGAAGCCACCUCUGACUUCUCCGAGAGAGGCCCGGCGGAGGCUGGCGCCCGACGCCGGAGGCCCGAGGGGAAGAGCCGGCGGACGCUGCAACGACAGCCUGACUCGAUGGACUCUGCGGACUCCAUCACAUCCUCGGUCUCGUCGCCGUCACGCUCGCACCUGCUGGCCACCGCCGGCCGCCCGCACUCCAAGCCUCCCUCGCAGACACCGCUCUGCUCCAGCUUUGCUGACGACCGGCGGGACACGACCGAGCCGGAUGGCGAGGAAGGGCCGCGGUUCACCAGCCACGGCACCUUCAGCCCCGAGAAGGGCAAACACAGGCUGCACGGCACCAAGCACUCCUCCCAAAGGCGCCAUGAGCCACCGGACGGCGGCAGCCACAAGAGGGAGCCAGACCUGCCACCACAGCAGCUAGUGUUGUAUGGCUCCAACGAGUUCAUGGUGUGAGAUUACGGCCCCUCCGUCCCGAGAUUUUGCCCUCCUACGCUAGCUCGCUCCACAGUACCCUGUCCGCGUUCGCCCGCCAGCCAAAACAGUCCGCAAGUGCCAUUUCCACAGAGGGGUGGGGCUGGGGGUGGGGUGUUGAGGCUCCACCCCAAAUGGGGGCCACACCCUUUGGUUGCUUGUCUGAUCUAUGACCGAGUUUGGCUGUUCCAAGCCGCAGCUUAGAGGGCUGUGCUUUUGGAGGCUGGGUGGAGUGGGGAGGUGUGGAGGAGGACGAAGGGAAGCCAGCUUGAACACUCUGGUCUCCGCAACGCCGCCUCUGGACGUCCUGCUGCAGACACAGGAGACAAAGCCAUCGAUCGUGCAGACCCACUGAACUUAAGCUAAACCAUUGGCUGCUUCUGAAGUUUACAGUUUAUAACCAAGUAAGCAGCGUGUUCUAUAAUUACAUGGAUGUAUUUUGUUCCCCAGCCUAUUUAAUAAAUUUUAAUUACAUGCUACAUGUAUAAAUCUCUAUAUAAAUAUUAUGUGACAUAAAAUGUAUAAAGCCGGAACACCAGUGAUUUUUCUGGGUUGUUAAAUUCAUGUAUUUAUCUUUUUUCCUGUUAAGAAUACUUUAGAAAGGUGUGUGUGUGUGUGUGUGAGAGAGAACCACUUAACGUGUUUGAAGUUCUCGCUGCUUUUUGUUUUUGUUUUGGGGGGGGGGGGGGUUAAUCUUGGCAUCAAAAGGUCCAAGCAAGCUGGCGUUUUAAUGCCAGAGGAUCCCGCUAAAUGAAGACUCGGAAGUGUUUAAAUCAGAAGUGUUUGAGUCAUACUGCCUACUGUAAAUCCCCUCUCAUCGGCCAGGCCCUGAGCACUGGUGUUGGAGCAAAACUCAGUGUUGUUCUCGUUCAUGCUUGUGUAAGCUGAUGAGUCAUUGACGCGUUUAGUAUGUGCCCAACUCUUUUUCCGGAGCAAAGAGACAAACUAACUACGGUGUGUGACUGGUGGGAGUUAAUAACAUGCUCCAGCCUCUAAUCAUUUUACUGAGCUUUUGCCUGUGUGGCUUUGCUAAAGCUGGCCUACCCUCUACUCUCACGUUGAUAUGCAGAUUUGCCUCCGAUGAGCCAGAGGGUGAAGAACAAAGUGAUGUUUACUGUCAUUUACUGUCAACCAUUAAUGUGUUACAUAUUUAGAUUACAUUAGCAGCACUGUUCUCAAAGGGACGUAGAUCUUAAUCUGCUUUCUGUCAGCUGACGAGUAUGAUUACCAGACUGUGGUAACAGACUUUUAAAGUCUGUAUAUCAGAAAAAUGACACACACACACACACAGCGCAGUAGCAAAGUGUUGGCUACGCAGUCCCAGUCGCAGAGAACCUCCACUGUGCUUUUCUGAGCUAACCGAAGCUCUUCUUGAAGCUUUAUCCUGAAGGUAUUAUAUGGCAUUGUGGUGUUCUGCUAAAGACGGCGUGCCUGUCAGCGAACAAGGCUUGGCUUUUACAUGUACACAACAGUAUAUGUGGGGAAAAUGACAAGCUGUAUUCAAUUAUAUUCUCAUACGGUAUUUAAAAUAUAAUCUUUCAUUGUUGGAGAUGGCCCUGAUAGGAGCAGAACCAGAUUAGGUGUAUGCUCCCACCUCAGCAGUCCAAUCCAUUAGGCAGAGGUGUGUGUGUGUGUGCACGCGCAUAUGUGUGUGUGUGUGUGUGUGUGUGUGUGUGAGUGAGUGAGAGAAAAGUAUUUGAGAUGUUUCUUAUCAGAAUUGAAAAUGUCAGCAGUUGUAAAAACAUUUUGAACAAAACCUAUCAGCAUUAAAUCAAAGCUGAAACAA